UUAGAGAUUUUAUCAGAAGCAACAAUGGCGUCUCCGGCGAAUUUUCAACUCUCUAGACCAAAAUUUAACCUUCUGACCUACCUCGAGCGAAAAUCUCCUCAAAAUCUCUCCUUUCCCCUUUUAUUCAGAGACCAAGCAAAGUCAACACCGACCAGAUUUCCGACCAUCAGAGCUUCAUCGUCAUCGUCUCCGUCGAAUCAUAAACCCUCGCUCUUCAUCAGCCUCACCGCAGCCGCAGCUCUGUUCUCAGCAUCCUUUUACUUCGUCUACAAACCCGCCGCGACGACUCCGGUUGCUGUGGUAGAGGAGACUCUCGAGAUACUAUCAAACGAUGUGAAAGCUUUAUCAUUGCUGACGGAGAUCAAAUUUAAGUCCGAUAGACAUGAGCAGGCAAUAGAAGUUCUGGACCGUCUGAUCGAGAUCGAGCCCGAUGAACGAAAAUGGCCGGCUAUGAAGGCUAGGAUUCUCUCAUACCACGGAAAAAGCGAAUUGGCAAUCGAAGCUUUCGAGAGGAUUCUUGAGAAGGACCCGAUACGUGUUGACGCUUAUCAUUACUUGGUGAUGGAGUAUUACAACUCUAAACCCAAAUUAACAGAGCUAGAGAAGAGAAUCAACAAAGUGAUUCGAAGAUGCAAGAAGGAGAAGAAGGCGAAAGAGAUUUGUGGUUUCAGAAUGUUGAUCGCGCAGAUCAAGUUUAUCCAAGGAAACUCACUUGAAGCCAUUCGGAUUUGUGAAGAGUUAGUGAAAGAUGAUCCAGAAGAUUUCACUAUAUAUCUGUUUCAAGGAAUCGUGUAUAUAUUGAUGAAUAAGGAAGAGGAAGCUGCGAAGCAAUUCGAGCAAGUUGCAAGGGUUAUGCCGAUGAAUCAUCCGUCCAGAGAGACUGCGACCACCUCAAAGCAAUGGAGAGUCAUCGUAGCUUACGAUAAUGUCUAUUGCUAUUUAUUAACAUUUGCUAGGCUUUCGAUGCCUUCCUUGUUUACCAAGUGUGGAAAAUGAAAAAGCGGAGAUUUUACAUACUACAACACUCUUACGAUUUUUGUAAGAAAAUUGGUGGUUUAAACAGUUCAUGUGAGAGUAUUUGAUGAUGAAACUAAA